AUCGUUCGUUCUGAAUCAGUUUUCGGUUGUUUGUUCUUCGAAUGCACCACAUUAGGAAACAUCACAUUGUGUGUGAGCUAUGAGAAUUAUUUGCUGAUGUGUAGGGAUUGAUCAGUGCAGUGUGCUCUCCUGGAUAUUGCUAUUCAGUUUACAACAGGCAGAAGUUCUAAGUGAAAGUUGUGGUGAAUACUAACGAAUUUUGUUUUCUUUUUAUCGACUGGUGUGAAUUGAAUUAUACCGGCUAAUUUGCAGAUAAGCUUUAAAUCGAUCAGGAUAUCCAACUCGAAACGAUUGUGUGAUAUUAAUUGUUAAACUUGCCGUUACGUAAAAGAAGAGGAUAAUAUCAGAAUGAAACUUCAAUUAGUUCUACUCGCAACUCUGUUCGCGGUGGCGUACACGUCUCCGCUGCCGCAAGCUGUGGAAGAAGCCAAGGUACCGGCACCAGUCAACGAUGUGCCUGUAGUACCUACAGUAGCAGUAGCAGCUGAAGAACCAUCUCCUGAUGUCAAAGAAGCACCGGUGACCACAGAAACAGAAUCUGAUAGCGCUACUGAAUCAUCGGUCACAACAGAAACGGCAGCCGACCCUGUCCCUGAGGAGAAAUCAGCACCAGUAGCAGAAGAGGCCAAGAAAGAGGAGACUCCCGCCGUUCCAGAAGUCCAGGCUGGUGCCACUAGUGAUGCCGUUGAAGCCUCGGAAGUGGCAGCGGUAGCUACUGAAACCCGAGACAAAUCUCAGGCUCAAGUAGUCGCUGAGGAGGUGAAAGAAGAUGCCGUGAAACUCUCCGACGCCGUUGAACCCGCUGCUGUCGCCUCAGAUGAAGCUGUACCUGCUGCUCGAUCGAACGACGAUGAGGAGAAGAAAGACGAAACCGCGGCCACAACCCUGGCCCCAGCAGCCGCCACUGAGGCCGAAAAACCCGCAGAUAAAGCUGAGCCUAAAUCAGCUGCACUAGCUGAGAAACCUGCUGAAGAAGCCAAACCAGCAGCAUCUGAUUCGGCUGACGCUUCUGCCGCCACUACCACUGCUGAAGCUAAAGUAGAAACGACCACUGCUGCGGGUGCUGUUACUACGAAGCCAAAAGCAGACAGCUCGGAAGAAAGCAACGAAAGCGUAGAAUCGGAGGAGCAAAAAUCUUAAAGCUAUUUGUGUAAGAAAUAACUUUCUUUUUAAGACAUAGUACGAGUGCCAACGAGAACCUCACCCCUACAGUUGCUCUAUUAAAUGUUACAAUCCAAAACGACCCAUAGAUUUGCUCAACAGAAAUUAACUUUACAGUCUUCUAGACCAUUAUCAGAUCGCAACCAGAAAAAAAUUUCACCGCAACAUUGCCUCGAAAUUCAAUUACAAAUAGAGACAAGUAGGCUCAACAAUCAAUACAACGAUCUUUGUAGAUUCUUAUCAACAUAGUAUUUUAAUGUCUAUAGUUAUAAUGUUAGGAAAAGUAACAAAAACAUCGGGAUAGUUUUAAAUAACCGAACAACAUUUUAGCUGUACCAAUCAGUGUCAAAGUAUUGAAUAGCGGUAAUCGUAAAUUGGUACAUCAAAUAAACUGUUUAUAUCCACUAAAUCUAUACUUUUAUUCCAGAAUGUGAUAAAUGGCUUUGUAAAAUACCUACUUGUUGGCAAAAAGGUGAAACAUAAUUGAAACGCAUUGUAUUUCUGUUAAUGGUUCUUAAAAAAGUAUCACCUUUCACAUAUUACACUUAGACACUACAGCGUAAUGCAUAAAUCUAACAAAUAUGGACAAGAAUUAGCCAUUCAUUUACUUGAUACUAUUUCCGUUUCCAAUUUAUUAUCACAGGACACACAAUUUACAAAAAAAAAACCUUACACAAGACACACAAUUCACGAAAAAAAUUUAAUUAAAUUAAGUUUAAUCAAGUAAAACUUAACAAAUGUAUGCACAAACAAAGCAAACCUUAAUAUUAGAUAUAUGAAGGCUUGUGAGUCGGUUGAAGAAAUGUUUAGACAUGCUGCAGUCAGUGUAGCAAUACACGCACGCAUACAACUGGAUAACUAACAUCCCGAAUUCGAGAAUCCUCAUACAUAAUUGGAAACAAUAGCUACAGGGGCAAACUGCAGCCAGAAGUUGUUACUUGCACUGUGGGCAUACUUUCAAAUUUCUGUGUAGACUGAAAAUUAUACAAGAAAAUAUGACGACUGUUGAAGGAAAGUGUAAUAAAAAAAUAAAUUGAAAAAUAAUUUAUUAAACAUA